UUUCGAAUGCGCACCGCGCCGCACCGGUGGCUCACCGUCAGAGACAGCAAACGCCGCGUCGCGAUUAAUAUUCGUGCGCAAAACGCCAAAAACCAAAGUGACUUAAACCACAAUCAAAUUAAUUCAGCUACAUUAUAGAGAAGAGACACUUGCUGAAUAUUAUAACUGUGAAACAAAGCAAGACUUAAGUCAAAUCAAAAGUUAAAAUAAAUUAAUUUUGCUAAUUUAAUUUUGUUAGUGAAUUACCGUUUUAAUACCCAGUGAAACAAUCAUUUACAAUUCAAAUAUUUGUGCGUCAAUAUCCUGGAUAAAUUAUUCUAAUUUUAAUUUUUACCCGGAAAUUCACAACAAAACAAUAAAGAUUCAAACUGGAAUUGAAAUUUUAAAAAGUAUUUUAAAAUAAAAUCCAAACAUUUAGAGCGAGAAUAAACUCCAAAUCGAAUUCGCCUCGCAUCACCUCGCAUCGAAACAUACAGCGUGUUCAUGGCAUCAACAUGCGCACAUUAUACCACCAUUAUGCGCUGCUAACAUUCACGUGUUUAUUUUAUGCGACGAUAGAUAGCGCGGUCGGUGGUCCGUGGGCGAGUCCCUCACAGGAGCUACUCGACGAACUCCACGAUGCGGAAAUUUAUCGCGCUGUUGUCCAAUCGAUGAACGAAUGGCAAUCAAAACACAAUCAACUUAAACAUAGGCGAAAACGAGAUGAACCAAGUGUGUGUUACCCAGAACUGGGAUGCUUUGAAGCAUCAGGUCCUUUUGGUUACUUGGACAUGCUCCCGAGUAAACCGGAAGAAAUCUCUACACGAUUCCUACUGUAUCCCAGUCAUAGCAGCCGUAGAAAUGGCAACACUGUGGGUGAAUUUCCCUUCACGAAUAUUAGCGAUGCAUUCACGUGGGCCAAAACAGGUCUUAACAACACGUUGCCUUUAAAAGUGAUGAUCCAUGGCUUUGGUUCUGAUUGCUCCCAUAUAUGGGUUUAUGAGAUGAGGAGUGCAUUAAUGGCGGUUGAUGACUUGAAUGUGAUUUGCGUCGAUUGGGGUAAUGGAGCUACCCUUCCGAAUUAUGUCAAAGCCGCGGCUAAUACAAGAUUAGUCGGGAAACAAUUGGGGAUGUUGUUGAGCGGGAUGGUGGACAAAGUGGGAUUCUCUGUGAGGAAUAUACAUUUGGUUGGGUUUAGUUUAGGAGCACAUGUUGCUGGUUUCGCUGGGGCUGAACUUGGUAACUUAAGUAGGAUCACAGGAUUGGACCCAGCUGGACCACUUUUUGAAUCCCAAGACCCCCGGGCGCGUUUAGAUCAAACCGACGCCACUUUCGUUGAUGUAAUUCACAGCAAUGGUGAAAAUCUUAUCCUGGGAGGUUUAGGUUCAUGGCAACCUAUGGGUCAUGUUGAUUUCUACCCCAAUGGAGGGCGAAUGCAAAAAGGAUGCAGUAAUAUUUUUGUGGGAGCUGUCAGUGAUAUAAUUUGGUCUUCCGCUGUUGAAGGAAGAUCGUUAUGCAACCAUCGACGCGCUUACAAAUUCUUCACGGAUUCUGUAUCACCCCGUUGUCACUUCCCAGCUUUCCCCUGUGAGUCCUAUGAUGAUUUCCUAGCUGGUAACUGCUUCCCAUGCACUGAUGAACGCAAAUGUGGUAAUAUGGGAUACUAUGCUGAUCGAUCCAAAGGUCGAGGACAACUUUACCUUAUCACCAGAGAUGAAGAACCAUUCUGUGCUCAUCAGUACAACAUCAAGAUUGAGAGCACCCCUGGUGAUGUUCCUAUUAUAAGCUAUGGAAAGAUUCAGAUUACUUUGAUAGGGGAUUCAUUGUUGAAUGAAACAUUUACUUUGACCAGAAAAGAAGAUGAAGAAAUGCGUUUGGGUAGUAUGGUCUCCCGAAUAAUCGUCCCCCACCCUAUUUUAUUAGAACCCACGAAAAUUCAAAUCCUUUACAAUGCAUACAGCGGAUGGUUAACUUCCGGUUUACUUCAAUGGCGGAUAGAUAAAAUCACACUAAGUGAUUCAUUCGGGAGGAGUGCUUCAGUGUGCAACAAAGGAUUAAUAUUAGAUUCUGGAAUACCAGUGGUUCUUCCAUUAUACCCUGGGGAAUGUAACCUCCCAAAUUCUCCAAAUACCCCACAUUUAGGUUCUAACCCAAAUGAAGAAGAUGAUAUCUACAAAGCAAAAAACUCUUCUAAAUUCGUCCCAACACCAGUGGUGAAGUCAGGUUCUGAGGUGGAACGUGAAGGUACAUCAAGUUCAUCUGAAGAUUUAGACAAAAAGGAAUCCCAAAACACACAAAUCUUCAGGGAUGCAUUCGACAUCUUCAACAUCCCUUGGAAUAAUGAUAAUAAUCUGGUGGAUAAUGAAAGCGAACAAAGCAGGGCCUUCAAUUCCCGAGUGGUUAAAGUGACAAGAAACAACGGAAGUCAUUCCCAGGAAGAUAAUAUCCCCAGAGAAGUGGUUGAACCCAUAUUGAAACCACAAUCAAAGAAUAAAAUCGGGAGAUCAUCAUCUGGGGAAGCAGGUCAUCAUCAUGAAAUAACCGAACCCAUUUUGGGUCCUACUACAGUCAAACCAAUAUUGACCACGCAUAGAGAUGAAAUUUCUACUCCCACUAGACCUAGGCACCGCCCACGUGGUCAAAAACACAACCGGGAGCUGGUUUACAACUUCUACGAUGUUGAUGCACCCUUAAUACAAACCAGAACUGAUGAUAAUGGUAAUAAUAAUCGUCAUCAACAAAAUGAUUGGAUUCCAACGAUUCCCAUCAAUGAAAACAAAUGGAAGCGCCAUGAUGAUUCCACUGGUGGUAGUGGUGGGGCAAGAGUAUACAAUUAUAAUGGCGAGAGAGAAGAGCAAGAUGCGUUCAAUGCUAUUGUAAGAACAGUUCAGUUUCUUCCACAGCGAUUGGCGCGUAUGUUUGAAGAAGCUGAAAAAUACGCACGUGAAACCAUACUGCCAUUGGUCAGCACUUACACUCCUAAGUUUAUAAGUGACUUUAUCGUUCCGAAUGUACCCAAUGCAACUCCAAAAUAUUUACCACUGAGAUUUGAAGAAUCAACGGAAGAUGGCGCACUAACCACCGCGCAGUUGUUUAAAAACGACAAAGAGAGUAAAAACGCUAGUAAAAUAGAAACAUUUGAUCCACCACCAAUUGACAACACCAAUAACACAAAAUUAAAACGAAAUACGUUGAGUGAUGAAGUGACCACGCCCAUUUCCCCCACCACAACUCCACAAACUUAUAUUCAGAAAGUAGCUAAGAGAGGUGAUGAACAAAAUGAAGUUGCAUCGGAAGCAACAACCACUUUCUGGGAUUUUCAGAAUUUAGAUUCGAAUAGUGAACAGUUUGAUAACCUAGAAAGUUUUAACAUAGGCCACGCCCAGGCAAGGAGUGACGAUGUAAGUAAACCAGUGUCAACUACCACAAGCACUACUUCUACAACAACCACAACAACUAAAAAACCACCUAUAAUAAAAUUAAGCACGCCAAUGACAAUUCCCAUCUCAGACGUGUUGAUUGCUUCCUCGGGAACCACGCCCCCGCCGCGUAAAAUUAAAACCACGCCUCCACCAAUCACAAAGUUAACUGUAAACACGCCCACAACAACUCCACCUAGCGGUAAGAAAGAUAUCUUCAUAGAUUUGCCAGUUAUUGAUGAAAAGUACAAGGAAGUCAAAUACAUUCCAUUAAGUGAUGAUAAAAGUACGAGUAUUAAAAAAGCAAGUAAACGAUGAUGACUGCGCAGACGCAGCGUACUUACUCUAUGGGCGUGUUCAUUUCUAUAAAUACAUGUACAUAAUCUUGUUAUAUACUGUUAUCGUCUGUUUUUUACUUAUUUAUAUGCGAACGUGUACCUAUUUGUACCUAUUUUGUAAUUAAUAAAUGUAAUUAAUGUAAUUAAUAAACAUUUGAAAAUAAUAAAAA